AUGGCUUCUAGACCAAACAAGAUUCGGCCAGUCCGAAGGCCCAUUUUGAACAAGGAAACGAGCGAAUUCGAGCCAUGCUGGGACAUCCUCAAAGGCGCCCUUACCGACAUCCACAACAAGAACGCCAGCCGGCUGUCGUUCGAGAACCUCUACCGAGCCUCGUACAAGAUCGUCCUUCGGAAGAAAGGCCAACUCCUCUACGACAGAGUUAAGGAAUUCGAGGAAGAAUGGUUCCGCAAUCAUGUUUUGCCGCCCAUCGCAGAACUCGUGUCUAGUAACCUCGUCAGCGUUGCGCUGCUGCAGAUGCCGGGUUUGAGCGCGCACGAACGGCGCGAAACAGGCGAGAGAUUUCUCAGGGGCAUUCGUGACACAUGGGAGGACCAUAACAUGUCCAUGAACAUGGUCGCCGACAUCCUCAUGUACCUCGAGCGAUCGUACGUCUCCGAAGCGCGGCAACCUUCCAUAUUUGCCGCCACCAUAGGCCUGUUCCGCGACCACAUCCUGCGCAACAAUGUGGGCGGUGUCUCGGAGCAGCUAGACCAGCCCUUCGUCAUAUUCGAUCUCGUCAAUGCCGUCAUCCUCGACCUGAUCAACAUGGAGAGAGACGGCGACAUCAUCGACCGGAAUCUUCUUCGCCAAUUAACGUCUAUGCUCGAGGCUCUGUACGAAACGGACGAAGAGCAGGAGAAUGCGAAGCUCUAUUUGACCGUCUUCGAGCCAAGGUUUCUGACCGCAAGUCAGAGCUUCUACAAAAACGAGUGCGAGAAGCUGCUCCGUGAGGGCAGCGCUAGCACUUGGCUGCGUCACACCCAGCGCCGGCUUCAAGAAGAACAGGAUCGCUGCGAGACGUCACUAUCUAUCCUCACGACAGACAAGAUCGCCAAAGUCGUCGAGCUGGAGCUGAUUGUGGCAAAAUUGAAUGACUUUCUUGCCAUGGAGGGCACCGGCAUGAAGAGCAUGGUGGACAACGACCGGUACGAAGACCUCUCGAUCCUCUACCAGCUCGUCUCCAGGGUCGAUAAGACAAAGAAUGCUCUCAAAAAUAUACUUCAGAGCAGAGUCAUGGACCUCGGCCUCGAGAUUGAGCAAACACUCAAACACACAGACUUCUCCGCUCCAGGUGCUGGCGCUGAGGUGGAGGAUGCAGCCGAAGCUGGGGAGAAGACCAAGGCCCAGCCGCUGAGCGCAGCAGCGCAACAAACAGCAGCAGCAAUCAAGUGGGUUGACGACGUCUUGCAGUUGAAGGACAAGUUCGACAAUCUCUCCAAGAUGUGCUUCAACGAAGACCUAGUUCUCCAGUCUGCUGUCACGAAGAGCUUUUCCGAUUUCAUCAACAUGUUCCACAGGAGCUCGGAAUUCGUGUCACUCUUCAUUGACGACAGUCUCAAGCGCGGCCUCAAGGGAAAAUCCGACGAGGACGUAGAGGUCAUGCUACAGAAGGCCAUUGUUCUCCUCAGGUAUCUUGCGGACCGCGACAUGUUUGAGCGGUACUAUCAGAAGCACCUUGCCCGGAGGUUGCUACAUAACAAAUCCGAGAUGCACAUUGAGAAGGAGCUGGUCCGCAGGAUGAAGGCCGAGCUGGGCAAUCACUUCACGACCAAGUUCGAGGGCAUGUUCAAAGACAUGGAGCUGUCAAAGGACCUGUCCGAAAACUACCGCGACCACGUCCGAAACCUCGGCGAUGCCGAUACCACGAACAUCGACCUCGGCAUACACGUCCUCACCACCAACAAUUGGCCACCCGAAGUCAUGGGCCGCAGCGCAUCUCAGGAAGACGGUGGUAGAGCGGAAUGCACAUUCCCUCCGGCGAUCAAGCGUCUCCAGGAGAGUUUCUUCAAAUACUACCUCAAAGACCGCAGCGGCAGAGUACUUACCUGGGUUGCCUCGGCGGGCAGCGCAGACAUCAAAUGCGUGUUUCCCAAGGUUACCGGCAAAGAGAGCGGCCCGCUGAGCAAGGAGCGGCGGUACGAGCUCAACGUGUCCACCUACGGGAUGAUCGUGCUCGAGCUCUUCAACAGCCUCGCCGACGGCGAGAGCCUUUCGUUUGAGGAGAUCCAGGCCAAGACCAACAUCCCGGCGCAAGACCUGAUCCGUACGCUGGGCUCGCUCUCGAUCCCGCCCAAGUCGCGGGUGCUCGCCAAGGAGCCCAUGUCUAAAAACGUCAAGCCGACAGACCGGUUUGCCUUCAACGCCCAGUUCGUCAGCAAGACCAUCAAGAUCAAAGCGCCCGUCAUUAGCAGCGCGUCCAAGGUGGAGGACAACGAGGAGCGCAAGGAGACGGAGCGAAAAAAUGACCAGACGCGGGCGCACGUGGUGGAUGCGGCUAUUGUGCGCAUCAUGAAGCAACGCAAAGAGCUCACGCAUACUCAGCUCACCACCGAGGUCAUUGGCCAGCUGGCCGGGCGGUUCAAGCCCGAGAUCUCCAUGAUCAAGAAGCGCAUCGAGGAUCUGCUGGUGAGGGAGUACUUAGAGCGGAUUGAAGGUGAGAUGGCUGCGUAUCGCUAUCUGGCGUGA